AUAAAAUGGGGCAAAUUCUACAACGGGAAUCCCAUCACCAAUUCUCUCAAAUAUUUGAAAUAUACAUCAAUUAUUAAUUAGCAGUAGUGAAAGUUCCUCAAUUAACUGCAAAUGGCUAGAUCUGUGGCACUCUUUGGGGUUGUGUUGCUAAUGCUUAUAGCAAUGGCAGAGGCAACUCCCCCUGGAAUAGCUGACCAUCCAAGCCAUUCUCAUUGCUCAGAUGACGAAAUCAAGCAAUGUAAAAAUCUUCCACAUGUUUGUCCCAAAUUCUGUCCCAAUGGCUGCAUAACUGAGUGUCGUUCUUGCAAGCCUAUCUGUGUUGAUGGCUCAGUGCCACCACCCUAUUAUCCACCACCGUCAUCUCCACCAUCAUUAUCUCCACCACCACCGUCAUCUCCACCACCACCGUCGUCUCCUCCACCACCCUCAUCUCCACCACCACCACCACCUCCCUCAUCACCACCACCGUCAUCUCCACGACCACCGUUAUCUCCUCCACCCUCAUCUACACCACCCUCUCCUAAGCCACCCACUCCUUCUCCUUCAAACAAGAAGGCUAAGUGCAAGAACAAGAACUACCCAAGUUGUUAUAAUCUCGAAUUUUCAUGCCCUGCCUCUUGCUCUGGUGGUUGUCAAGUUGACUGUGUCUCUUGCAAACCUGUUUGUAGGUGUGACAUGCCUGGAGCUGUUUGCCAAGAUCCUCGUUUCAUCGGCGGUGAUGGGAUUACCUUCUACUUCCAUGGUAAGAAGGACAGAGAUUUUUGCCUAGUCUCCGACCCUGAAUUUCACAUCAACGGCCACUUCAUAGGAAGGCGAAACGAGAACAUGAAGAGAGACUUCACUUGGGUACAAUCCAUUGCUAUUCUUUAUGGUAAUCACAAGAUCUCCAUUAGCGCACUAAAAACAGCAACAUGGGAUGAUUCCAUCGACCGCCUUUCCCUCCACUUUGAUGAUAAACCCAUACUUCUUAAUGACGAGGAAGGCGCAAGAUGGCAAUCUGAAACUGCACCUAUGGCCUCUAUUACUAGAAUCAGCAACACUAACGAUGUUGCCAUCGAAGUUGAAAAUAUUCUCAAGAUCACUGCCAAGGUUGUACCUAUUACUGAGCAAGAAUCCCGAGUUCAUAACUAUGGAAUAACGAAAGAUGACUGUUUUGCACAUCUUGAACUUGGAUUCAAGUUUUUCUCUUUGAGUAAUGAAGUGAACGGUGUUUUAGGGCAGACUUAUAAGAAGAAUUACAUGAGCAAAGUUAAGAUGGGUGUUCUGAUGCCUGUAAUGGGAGGUGACAAAGAGUUUGCAACUUCAGGACUCUUUGAGGCUGAUUGUUCCGUGGCUAGGUUUCAAGCAAAUGGGGAACAAACUGAUAAGGAGGUUGGCUUUGCUUUGGAGUUGCCGAGCUUGAGCUGCACUAGUGGACUUUAUGGACGUGGAGUGGUCUGCAAGCGCUAGAAUCAUUACUAAUGCGAUUAACCUUAGGGAUUCACGAUCACUACUUUAAUGAAUAAGGUUUUAUACCAAUAAUAAUGGAGAUUCAAGCAUCUCCUCAAAAAUAUCUUUGUCUUCUAAAGGAAAGUAAAUGAUUUUAUUUUCCAAACUGAUGGGAAAACGUUGGCAAUUGUUUCUUUGAA